AAAUUAGUUAAAUUAAUUUGUGUAUAUUCAAAUUUAAUCUUGCAAAUACCGUUCUUAGCGAGAAUCCCCGUGUCUGUACAAAAAUUAAAAUUAGGCUCUUUCCUUUUCCCUCUUCCUCAAAUUUUCACCCAAGAAAACCAGACACCGUUGCUUUUCGCUGAUCAAACUCCUUUGCAUGGCGGCGUUGUCGCAUUCCUCCAAAGGCAAGACAUUGCUAUCUCGCCUGAAAUCCUUUCUUGCUCCAGAGAGGUUGAAGUGCAGCUUCGUUGCAGACGAGGGUCGAGCUCAUUUCUCUUCCGAUACGGGUGCAUGCUCUGGCUCAGGUCAAGUUGAGAUUUCAAAAUGGAGAAAGAUAGACUCCAGGAAUUUGGGGCUAACAAGGUCAAUGGUAUCGAUUCCUGCUUCGGUAGUUCUACGGAAUCUGCGAGCUGCAGGGUUCGAGGCCUACUUAGUUGGUGGAUGUAUUAGAGACUUGCUUCUAAAUAAAGUACCAAAAGAUUUUGAUGUUAUCACAACAGCAUCACUUAAACAGGUCAAGAAGAAGUUUCAGCGUGCAAUAAUUGUUGGAAAAAGAUUUCCUAUCUGUAGGGUCAUCAUAAAAGGCUGUUUAGUGGAGGUAUCGAGUUUUGAGACUGUAGCUGUUAAAUCCAAAAGUAAACAAGUUGACAUCUUUGAAAUGCCGAAAGGUUGCAAUCCAAGGGACUUUGCUCGCUGGAAAAAUUGCAUGAGCAGAGACUUCACAGUUAACAGCUUGUUUUUUGAUCCUGCGGUAAAUGUCAUCUUUGACUACACAAAUGCAAUGGCAGAUUUGAGGUCUUUGAAGCUAAGCACAGUAAUACCAGCUCAACGGUCUUUCAAAGAAGAUGAAGCCAGGAUUUUACGUGGGUUAAGACUUGCAGCUCGUCUUAACUUAUCGUUUUCGAAGGAGACCGAGGUUGCUUUAUACAGUCUCUCUUCAUUGGUUGCCAACCUUAGCACGUCUAGAAUAGGCUUGGAGAUGAAUAAUAUGUUAUCAUAUGGAGCUGCUGAGCCCUCCCUUCUUUUGCUUAAAAGGUUCAAUCUGCUUGAGAUUUUGCUUCCAUUUCAUGCAGCAUAUAUUUCUGAGCAGGUGGAUAAUCAGCUUGGCAUACGUUCCUUAAUGUUAAUGGUUAGCUUUUCCUGGCUUACUGCAACAUAUAAUUGCCUCUGUUAUUAAGAACCUAUCUGAUAUCUC